AAAAUGCACACCGUUGCCAGCACUCGUUUUGUACCUUCUUUGGCCUUCAUCUCUCGCACUUCCCUUCGGCUUCGCACGAACGUAUCUGGUGCGACAAAUAUUUAUUCUCAUCCCCCGCCGCGCGUUCGCCAGGUGCAAGACAGGACUCUAUCUUGCUCGCUGUUUCGAGGCUUCCACCUCUCAAGCAUGCCUGACAAGAAUGUUUUAAAGCUUCCUAAAAAGCUCAUCGUAGCUUGCGAUGGGACAUGGAUGAAUUCUGAAGUUGGAUGGACGAAAGACGGUUUGUUCGACGCAGGUCACCCACAGCUGCCUUCAAACGUGACGCGGUUUGUGCGUGCUCUAAGUCCAGAGAGCGCUGACGAGCAUGGCAAACAUCCGCAAAUCGCGUACUACCAGAGCGGCAUAGGGACAAGUUGGUCUCUAACGGACAAGUUUUUGGGAGGUGGGCUUGCCUUGGGUCUAUCCGAGCACGUCCGUGAAGCCUACGGAUUCUUGGUGAAUAACUAUCAUGGCGCGCCUGGCGAUGUGCAACAAGAUCAGAUCUUUCUGAUUGGCUUUUCACGUGGAGCGUACACCGCUCGAAGUGUGGCGGGAAUGAUUGGAUGUUUAGGACUGCUCACCAAAUCAGCAAUGCGCUAUUUCUAUCAAAUCUUCGAGGAUUUCGAAAAUGCAGGUGAUGAAGACUAUGAGCCGAAGCUGGCGAAGCAACCAGACGGUUUUCCAGGUUUCAAGAUUGACGUCCCUACAAGCGACUUGAAGAACUAUCUUAAAGCGUACGCCGCACAGCUGCGAGCACAUGGUUUAACACGGGAAGUCCAAAUCAAGGCAGUAGGUGUCUGGGAUACAGUAGGAUCGCUUGGCCUACCUGUACAGCCCUGGCUCCAGAAAAUCGGGUUUCCCACAACACUGCACAGCUACCGUUUCUUCGAUACGGGCGUAGAUGACCACAUUGAGAAUGCAUUUCACGUAAUGGCUCUUGACGAGCAUCGCUCUGCCUUUGGACCAACAGUCUGGGCUAAAAAAUCAGGUGGUAAAACAAAUCUCAAACAGGUGUGGAUUCCUGGCGUUCAUACGAACGUCGGUGGAGGUGCAGAUGACAAUGGCAUGUGCGAUAUCUCGCUAGCCUGGAUGAUGAGUCAGCUCAGAGAAUGUGGGCUGAACUUCAACAUCGAUUACUUUAAAGAAGAAGUUGCAGCAACUCAGAAGUUCUACGCAGAUCAUCAAAAGGAGCUUGGAGGACCAUGGAAAUGGGGCCUGGGUAGGUUGGGGAACUCCUUCAAGUUCCCCACCAGCCUUGCUGGAAGUGUUGUUCGGACGCCAAAGGAGUAUCAUGUGGUGGACUACAAGUCAGGAAAGCAGACGUCUGAGAAGCUAGCGAACACUCACGAGAAGAUACACAUUUGUGUGAGGGCGAGAUAUGUUCUGAAUGGGCUGACGUAUAAUGGUCGUAAAUACGAAUCCGAAGCGUUGCGCGGCUGGACAAUGCCCACAUUUACACCUGGUCAGCGAAUGGUAUGGAAAAAAGAAAAGGGCAACCUAGAGCUUGAGGAAGAUGAACUCGGUUACUACGAGAAAAUUCUCCUGGAGAUGGAUAAGGACGCAGUACAAUUCUUAGCAACCGGUAAGUGAUGUUGAAAAGAGUUUGGGUAUGAUUCCCGCCUACAGUUAUCAGCAGCUUCUAAUUCGAGCUGCAUAUCUCAUAACAUUGAUUUGCG